AUGAAAGCAGUUUUCUUAUUUCUAGCAACUACGUUUGCAAACCCCAUUUUACAAAGACCGUUUCAUAUCUCCGAGGAUAAUCAUAUUAAAUUGCCACAUGAAUUACCAUUUCAUGAUAUAGAUAUAGAUCCACUGGAUAGAAAACCUUCGAUGUCUCCCGAUCCUUCCUUUAGAAAAAUUGGUCAUGACUACGCAAUUAGUUCGGAUUUACAAUUGUGUAAUAAUUUAACAUUACAUCAAAUAUUCCAUAAAUUUCCUAAUGCAACAGCUGCAGAUGCAGCUGUAACUCUGACUUUAUGUAUUGGGAUGGUUAAUUUUUUUAACUCCGGUAUUGGCGGUGGUGGUUAUAUUACUUGGGCUGACACUACACAUAAUGAUUAUAUGUCAAUGGAUUUUAGAGAAAUGUCACCAGCAGCAACAAAUCCAGAUUCAUUUACAGAAGAUUAUCAAACGAAGAUUGGUGGAUUAUCGAUUGCAAUCCCAGGUGAAUUGAAAGGGUUAUAUGAAUUUUUUAAGUUAAAAGGUAGUGGUACAGUAAGUUGGCAUGAUUUAUUAAAACCUGUUGUUGAUUUAGGAAAUAAAGGGUGGUUCAUCGAUGAAGCAUUAGCUGCUACAUUGAAAUUAUAUGAACCAAUCUUUACAACUGAUGGAAUUAAAGAUGAUUGGUCCUUUGUUCUCAAUGGCGAUAGUACCAAAGUCUUAAAGAAAGGUGAUCUUAUUAAAAGACCACGUUUAGCCGAUAUGUUAAACGUUUUAGCAUUAAAUGGUUCAGCAGAUCCCUUCUAUGAUCCAAACCAUUGGAUUGUGAAAUCAAUGAUUAAAACAAUUAAACGUUAUGGUGGUGUGGUGACUGCGGAAGAUUUCGAUCAAUAUUCUGUAGAUAUUAUGGACCCAAUUAGCAUAAAAUUAAGACAUGGAUUCCAAUAUAGUCCCAAUAAUGAUAUUACUCUAUUGACUAGCGGUGGUACUAGUAGUGGAGUAGCAUUAGGUGCGGCAUUAAAAUUGAUGGAUAAAUUCCCAAAUCAAGAAGGUGGAGAUUAUCAAGAUGAUACUACAUAUUUAUUAAUCGAAGCAAUGAAAUGGUUAGCUAGUGCAAGAAGUCAUUUAGGUGAUACGGGUCACACAAAUACAACUUUGGAUGCACAUGAUCUAUUAUUAUCCUCAAAUUGGACUCAAAAUGCUUACGAUAAAAUUUUACAAGGAAUUCAUCUCGAUGAUAGUACCGGAGAAACCUAUUACAAGACAAAUAACGAUUGGAAAUUUUAUGAACCAUUAUAUGAAAUUAAUGAGCCUCAUGGAACAACUCAUAUGAGUAUUGUUGAUAAAUUUGGUAAUGCUGUUGCCUUAACCUCUACUAUAAAUUUGUUAUUUGGAUCUUUAGUUCAUGAUCCAUUAACGGGUGUAAUAUUUAACAAUGAAAUGGACGAUUUCGCCCAAUUGAAUAAGACAAACACUUUUAAUUUGACUGCAUCUCAAUUUAAUUUAAUUCAACCAAAUAAGAGACCUUUGUCAUCAAUGACUCCAACGAUUAUAUUAAAUGAAUUGGGACAAAUCGAUUUUGUUGUAGGUGCAUCAGGCGGAUCUAGAAUUGCUACCUCUGUGUUUCAAUCUAUUGUAAGAACUUAUUGGUAUAAUAUGCCACUAUUAGAGACUAUUGCAUACCCACGUAUGCAUCAUCAGCUGUUACCAAAUGAAAUAGAAACAGAAGAUAUGGCUAUGGUUGGGCAUGAAACCAUUGAGAAUUUAAAACAAAUGGGUUAUAAUAUAGUUCAACAUGCACCAAAGAGUGUCAUUAAUGCAAUUAGAAGAGUCAAUGGUGAAUGGCAUGCUGUAAGCGAUUACUGGCGGAAACGUGGUAUUUCAGCAAUCCUAUAA